CAAUUCUAAGACAUCUCCGCUAGUGCGCAGGAUAAUCAGUAUUAUAAAUAUUUGCCUUUUCUGGAUGAUUUUUAUGUGGUCUACAUAGAUCAAAUUGAUAGUAAGGUAUGUGCUAAUACAGCAGCUCGUCUGAUCUAACCGGCGUCAGGCAUGCUGUUCAGGAUGGUUAAACUCCGACUACUCAACAUGAUCGCACCUGCAUACUUCUUCACUGCCACUGUGGUCACGUUUGUCCUCCACUUCUUCCUUUUCAUGCCCACUAUUUUCCGGACCCCAGAUGUGAUGUUUAAUCCCACCAUGCUGGUCCACGCUGUGGUCCUUCUGUACCUCAUGGCAAAUGCUCUGGGUAACUACACAAUGACUAUAUGGUUCCCAUCUGAGAGUGCCAAUGAGACAGUUGUCCCGGUGUGUUCACCUGACUGCCCAGACAGAAUUGAUGCACACUACCUUCUGAAUGGACGCCACUUUUGUAAAGUGUGUAAGAAGGUCAUUCUGAAACGGGACCACCAUUGCUUUUUCACAGGAAAUUGCAUUGGAAAUAGGAACAUGCGCUACUUUAUUAUGUUCAGCAUCUACACGUCCAGUUGCUGCUUGUACUCUUUGGUAAUUGGGGUGGCCUAUCUAACAGUGGAGUACUCCAUUUCCUUUGAGAAUCCACUGACGUUCCUCACACUUCUGCCGCUCUCCACAGGUUACUUCUUUCUUGGUCUGAUAUCUGGUCUCCAGUUGUUUCUGGUUUUAAUGCUGUACAUUUGGCUGGGUAUCGGGCUAGUGAGUGCGGGCUUCUGCUGUCAACAGCUUCUGCUAGUAGCCCGAGGGCAGACCUGGUGUCAGCUCCAAAAAGGGCAAUUGGAAGAGAGUCACGGCAGCUGGAUGGCCAACCUAAGUGACGUUUUCGGUUCCCGCUGGGCUCUGGGCCUUUUUCUGCCUGUACGGACUGUUGAGACCAUACCUGGCAAUUGGCAGGUUUACCAUGACCAUAAACAUGAAUGAAGACCAAAGGAUUCACUUUUGGAUCAACACUGUAAAUUCUAAUAUCUGUUCUGACUUAAGAUAAAGUUAGUACAUUUUAUUCUUUAUCACUUAUUAGUAGUUUUUGUUAUGUUAUACUUAAUCUGUUUGGUGAAUAAAACUAUGUAAUUGAUUUGAGUAACACUAACUUAAAAGAUAAAAAAUUUCACAACCACAUUAUUACAAGUUUGACUGUAUUUCAUAUGUCUGCAAAAGUUCAUAUCAAUAAGAAUUACCAGAAAUUUAGCCUAAAUAUUUUUAUUUUGCAGUCACCUUUAUGGUGAUCAAUGUUUCCUUCAGUUGGGUUCUUGACCCUUAAAGGGACUGUAAGUAGGAUUUUAAGUGUUUUAUUAGUCAAAAUCAAUUUGUUUAUACAUAAUAUAUGUCCUCAUUGGUGUCAAAUGACCUCUGCCAAUGAUCUUCUCCUUUUUCUUCUCUUUACUUACAUUGAACGGGUAAAUCCAAGAGAGCACUAUUCGUUUGAAUGCAAAAUACAUAUUCACCACUAGAUCGGGGUAAAUCCUACUUACUGUCCCUUUAACUUUCAUAAAAUUAAAUUUUUUAUGACAUUUAGAUAAUUGAAAUAAACUACAUGUAUUAAGUAACACGUACAGUGUUUUUAAUCAGAUAAAACAAAAAGUAUAAAUAUUGAUUUGUAGUACAGUACUACAAAUAAUAUGUAAUAUGUACUAAAUAUAAAUAUCACAAUGUUUAAACAUCACAAGAUUUCUUGUUGAGGUGAAAUGCAUUAUAUAUUUUAUCAUUAUUGUUUAAUAAAACCAUCUAUUUACUUGGU